AUUUCGAACUGAGGUAAGGCAUAUUUUUAUUUCUCGUUGUUAUGGGGAACCACGAGCACCCGAAUGAUGUUGCUGUUGUUGUCGUUGUGGCAGGACAAGUCGUGUGGGCCUAACAAGGGACUUGGCUGUUUUAUGGUGGAAGUUGUGACAGUUGUACUGUAACGCUGUCAGCAAGUACAACAGUCAGUGACGACAGCCAGAAGAGGUAGUACACCAUGGCUGAUGAAGGAUCUCAUUGGUCAUCUGACUUUGUGCCCAUUAUGGACAUGCCCACCCAUGUCAUGAAAUGUGGACAGUUACCUCCCUUAGCAGAACAAUCAGACACUCCAAGUCCAAACCCUCGGUUCUUGUUUUUGGUCAUUCCUGGUAAUCCAGGUAUCAUAGGUUAUUACCAGGUGUUCAUGGAGGAACUGUGGAGGUUAUCUGGAUGUUCUGUACCAGUUUGGGGGAUUUCCAAUGGAGGCCAUGUGGCUAUUCCUAACUCCAACAACAACCUGGAUUUAGUUAAGACGUCCUACCAAGUCUGUUCUCUACAAGGACAAAUCAAACACAAGGUGGCAUUUGUGAAGGAACAUGUUCCCCAGGAUGUAAAAGUCGUUCUGAUUGGCCAUUCCAUCGGGUGCUACAUGAUUCUUCACAUGAUGUCUGGUCUGCGGGACAGCCACCACGUUUUGCGCGCCUUCCUUCUAUUCCCGACCAUUGAGAGAAUGGCGGAGUCGCCCAAAGGUCAGAUCGCCACACCCCUGUUGAAAUAUUUGCGUUGGUUGGGUUUGGGGAUUGUGUAUAUCCUAUCAUACCUCUCCCCUCAUCUGCAGUAUCGGAUGAUUCUCUGGUACUUCCGUGACCGCCAUGUUCACGGGUCAGUGUAUAACGCAUCUAUGAACCUCUUUGACCCGUUCACUGUGGGCAAUGUCAUCUACAUGGCUCUGCAAGAGAUGUUAACAGUUAAGGAACUGGACGUAGCUUUGGUACAGGAACAUUUGCCUAAGCUCAAAUUCUACUAUGGUGUCGAAGACUACUGGUGUCCCCAGAAGUAUUAUCGCGAGAUGAAGGCCAAGUUUCCUCACGCCGACGUGCGCAUUUGUGAGAAAGGCCUAGAUCAUGCGUUUGUGAUUGAUUCCAGUGAGGAUAUGGCUGCGAUUCUCUGGGAUUGGUUCAAACCUGACCUUCAUAAGGCGGUAGAUUAAGUGAAGUUUGAAACAAAGAGAUUCAGACCAAUUUCAUGAAAUGGCUUUGUACGAUGUCUGACAGCUGGGGGUUCUCUAAUAUAUCUGGAAGCUCAGAACCCUUUCUCUUGUAUGUCAUUCCCUAACAAUUCAAACGGCCGUUGGUGGGAAGGUCAGGCAGCAACCUGCCUAUAGUUGUGGGUUUCAGCCGGUUUCCUCCCACAGUAAUGCUGGCCUCUGUCAUACAAUUGAAAUAUUCUUGAGUACGACCAGUAACACCAGUCAAAUGAAAUAAAUGAAAAAACAAUUCAAAUUGGGCAUAGAUAAUGCUUUAUAGCUAUUGAGUUUUUAUAAGCCUGGGAUUAACCACUGGACAUUGACUGACCAUGCCAUGCUUUAUAACGUGUAUUAUGUUGCUCCUAAAUUGGAUUUAGGACUUCAGGUUCAGGAGUUACUUCCCUUUUCAUGUGACAAAAAAUGUGCUUAGUUUGAAAGGGGGUAAAAUUGGGCGCCUGAGAAAAGGCGAUACCUAGUACAUGUAUUUACUACGUGCAAUAUGUUUUUUUCAU